AUGACCAUAGUCUCAAAUGAUCCCACUUGGUGGCCAACCAUCAGUGCGUAUCGUUUUUCCAGCUAUUUUGUAGUUGCUGCCUUCGUUGGAGUAACAUAUGAUUGGGCACUAACCUUUGGACAAGAGGUCGAAUUGGUCUGGAGACAACGGUGGUCGCUCAUGACAGUACUGUAUCUCAGUGUGCGCUACCUUGGAAUCAUAUCAGCUGCUCUGUACAUGGUUUGCAAUCUUCCGACCAUCUCGCUGACAGAUACACUGCCACGCUAUACUACCAAAGAUGUGAGUUGGAUGAUGUACAUUAUAUGGUUUUGGACGGGUAUUGUGGUAUUUCCGAUGCUGUGCGUCAUCAUCAUCACUCGGUUGCAUGCCAUGUAUCAACGAGCCAGAAAAAUACUGAUAUUUCUCGUUGUCACCUUCCUGGCGAUCAACACUUUUGAUGGAGUGGCAGCCAUAAUGUCAACGAUGCAUACUUCAGGAGAGGAGUUCAUUCUCUCCGGCACCUACCAGUGCACGACUGGCUACACAGGAGAUACCCUAGUUCUGGAUUCUGUUACUUGGAUACUUGGCAUUGUUUGGGAGGUCCUCACACUCUGCCUCGCAAUCUGGAUUGCGGGUCGGACAUAUAAUAGCUUUGUCGUUGUUUCGUGUUUUUCCCUCAUCAUUGAAUUCUCUCCAACAGUAUCAACGAACCAAGUUUUCCUAGAAGAUCAGAUUUUUUUCGGCUUGUUUCAGAUUUUGGAGGUCAUGCAGAUGUUCGUGCUAGGACCACGGUUGAUCCUUGGCGUCCGAGAAUAUUAUGCUAAACUCGUGGCUGACUCCGACGCAGCAACCGGCACGACCUCAAUCGUUUUCCAAGAGCGCGUGCAUAUAUCGACUGGCAGUGGUGUAUAA